AUGACUGACUUCCCCCAGCCAACAAGUCCUACGGCCAGACAAUCUGGCCUCACAUCAAAGGCUAAAAGAUCCCCAAGCGCUAACCUAACGUCGAUAAGGGCAAUCCCCCCCUCAACAAACCCAAUAAUCAUCAGCGGACCCUCGGGCGUCGGAAAGGGAACCCUCUACACCCGACUCCUAACCAACCACCCAUCCCUCUUCACAACGUCAAUCUCGCACACGACGCGCGCGCCGCGUCCAGGAGAGAAGUGCAAUGUCGAUUAUUAUUUCGUGCCGAUGGUCGAAUUCGAAGCUAUGAUUGCGCAUGGGGAUUUUGUUGAGCAUGCGAAGUUUGGCGGGAAUCGAUAUGGGACGUCUCGGAAGAUGAUUGAGGAGAAGAGGGCGGAGGGGAAAAUUGUUGUGUUGGAUAUUGAGAUGGAGGGUGUUAAACAGAUUCAUUCUUUGAGUCCGCCGUUUCCUGCUCGUUAUGUGUUUAUUUCUCCACCGUCUACUGCGGAAUUGUCUCCGUAUCAGGUGUUGGAGAAGAGACUUAGGGGGAGGGGUACAGAGAAGGAAGAAUCGAUACAGAAGCGUUUGGAACAGGCAAAGCUGGAAUUGGAAUAUUCGAAAAAAGAGGGGGUUCAUGAUAAGAUUAUUGUGAAUGAUGAUUUGGAGGUGGCAUAUAAGGAUUUGGAGGAGUAUAUUUUUGGAAAGGUGGGAAAGGCUGCAGAUGCAAGUGAGGCAGGAGUUAGUGUUCUGGAUUGA